CCGCUGGAACGUCCGCAGACGAACAGCACCGACAGGGCAGGAGUCCGUUUUGCUGCCAUCCAGCAAAUCUGAGUCCGCGCGGGUACAUAAACAGAUCCACACUCCAGUCGCUUCCUCAAGUGAUUUUCACGGAAAUGGUUCACCUGAAGUUUUCCUUCGGACGGUGAAAGUUUUGGAGUUGGAGAGGAAGAACGCAGCCGGGAGACGCUUCAAAUGGAGAGAGGGUGAAUCCACCCAUCUGGAUCAGAAAAGUUCAACAAGGGCGUAGCUCCGGUGUGAGGUGGUAUGUCAAACCGUGACUCGCUGGGGUUUGGGGACCUACUCCCCCAAGAUGUGGUUGAAAUUUUUGCCCAGGAGAAGCACAGCAAAAGGGGCCGGAAGAAGCGCAGGAACUCCCUGGGGCGGGCUUUGGGCUGGCUGAAGGGCAAGAAGAGGAAGGAUCUCGCCAAUAAGGGGCAGCUGGGUCUAGGCCCUGCACUUGACUUGGCCUUGGAUGGGCACCCUGCUGGGAAUCAGGGUGGACACAAGGGAGGACACAAGAGCGGACAGAAGUCAGGAAAGCAGGCUCAUCCACAUGGUAACGUUCAUGCUGUCUCAAAGCGAGACGAUGAUGAUGACAAGACCCCGGCACCCCCGUUGCUCCAGGAGAACGUGUUCAUCGAGGCCAGCAGGCCCAAGUACCUGGAGAACCUUCAUACCGAGGCCCUGGAAGGACUGAAAAUGAUGCAGCAGGAAGAAACCAAUAAUGGAGUGGAGUACCAGGAUAAUGAAAGCACGGUUUCGACAGUGAUGGUCCAGACAGACGGGGAAGGUGGCUUUAUGACAGACAGUACCCUUGCUGACACAUCUUCAAUCGUCUCUGUACGAUCAUCAGUGUCCACAAGAUCUUCCCGCUCUGGUCUCACCAGGCAAGCAUCAACAUUCAGGCCCUUGAACUCUGGGAAAAAGUCAGAAAAGACCAAGACAAGGAGAAGACACAGGAAGACUGUUGUGGGUAUCCCACAGCAUGUUCAGAAAGAACUGGGCCUGGACAGAGUGGGCUGGACACUGACUCAGAGGUUAGAUGAGGAACAGCAUUAUAAUGGGGAAACUGACAGCAGCCCAACGACAGAUGUGCCACAGCAGGCAAAAAAGUCACAAAGGGGAGCCAGUUCCAGCCUUCAGAACAUGAAUGUCAUCCAGCCCGUCAACAAACACCAACUGGAGCAGCUCGGUGCCACCCAUGCUGGCCAUAGGGAUGACCUGGCCCUGCUGCACCGCCUGGGCCCUAACUUCUCAGGUGAGCAGAGGCCUCGGUCCCUGGCUGUUCCCUGGAUGACCACUGCCAACAGUCUCGAGCAGGAGCUGCCCAGCCCUGUCAUGUCCAUGUCUCCACAGGCCCCUUACAUGUCGAAAAUCAUUCCCAAUGCUGUGUUGCCACCCUCCAUAGAUGUGGUUGAAAUCAGCCGCGGGCGGAGUCGCAACAGCGUCCGCACCGUCAGCAAGAGCAGUCUCCUGCUGUCCAGCCCGGCCCCCUCCCGUGCUUCCUCUAGAGCCUACUCCCCCAGGACUACUUCCUCCAGAGCCUCCUCUAGAGCCUCCUCCAGAGCCUCCAACAUCACCUCUGCCUCCCAAUACAACCCUUACAAUAUGUCCGACAGCUCUUGUUGGAGCAACUCUGAGUCCUCAGAGACCUUGGUAUCUGACUCCUCAACCAUCUCCAGCAGCAGCACCCCCAGACAGAAGAGGUCACAAGACGGUGAUGCCUCUGCUAAAGAGGACAAAAUCAGUGUUCCCUCCUCCGUCAGCAAGCCUUCAAAAUGCGCCUCCAAUGGCCAGCUCAUUAUUAAGGGAGACGAGGUUAAGAAAGAAGGGCAGUUUGUGCGUAGCCUCUCCGUCAUGAAGCCCAAGAGGGCUCCUCCUCCUCCAAGCCGCUCAUAUUCCCUUCACAAUAAGAUGAAGCGUCGGUCACGUGAUCUGGCAGAGGUUACGGCCAUUUCAGGGGAAUCUUCUCUCACCACUAUCCCAGCAUCUGGUGAGGAAAAAGGAAAAAACACAACAGGAUUCUCUCCUAUUCCCUCUAAAAUCAUAGACAGUCCUGGAUACAAUGCUGACACCAGUUCUCUGGAUGACUCUACAGGUUCUGUAUCAUUCAGUUCCUACAGAUCCCAGCUGCAGGCACUAAAGGCAGAGGAAGCAAAGGUUGAGGAAACAGUUUCCAAAGAUGCUUCACAAGAGAAGCAGGAAUCACUUCAGGAGAAUAAGCUAAGCAAAAUAGUGUCCCCGUCCAGUGGCUACUCCAGCCAAGAUGGCACAUCUGCUCAACUUUUUAAACAGCCCCACAGCUCAUCUCCAAGGCACAAGAGAGGCAUCUUAGCAAAGCUUCAAAGGUUUUUUCCUGGGUCUACUAAUGCUGCUUCACCUCCCCCUCCACUCACACAAUCAGAGGCUCGUGAAAACACAGAAACCAAAGAGGAUCUCAAACUCGACUCCUCAGUCGAUACUGCUAGUGUCAGCCCCUCCGUAAGGACCUUGAGAGAACUCUUCAACAUCCCUCCGCCACCUAAGGUCCAUGCACCUCCACCCCCUCCUCCAGAGGUAUGGGCUCACAGUAAGCGUAGCUUUGAGUUGCUGCUGGGACCACCGGCACCUGAUAACAUUUAUGCCAUCAUAAAGAAGAAUCCAAAGGACAGGAGACAACCGAGGCACUCUCCUUCUGCAUCUACGGACAGCUCUGUGAAUAGCUUGGUGGUAGAAAGAACACACAAGAAUCCGACUGUAACAGUGGAGUCCUUUAAUGGUGCCCUACAUGUGCUUGAGACAAAGAAACUUCAGGACAGUGGGGUUUUGAAUGCAGAGAACAAUGACAGACUGACUGAGCAGAAUGUUGAUUUGAAAGGAAAGAGCAAAGAGACAGAAAAAGUUGAGAAAGUAAGAGUAAGUGACAUAUUAAACGGGAUGUUGGUGAAGGCUGUAGAGAAACAUGAAGUAAGGCUGGCAGCAGUGAGAGAGGAAGAAGCCAAAAAGACAUCCACACGAGCUACAGAGGUAAAGACUAACAUGGACACAUUAUCCGCCAUUUCAUUAGUACGCGUCUCUCCAUCUCCUCCUCUGGUACACCGUCCUCCACAACCCCCCACCACACAGACUGCUUCUAUCCCAUCCGCAAACGUUGUUGUAUCCCCUGAGUCAUCCUGGCCCCCACCCCCUCCACCAACAGGCCACGGUGGGCCUGAUGAGAUUGAUUUCCCUCUUCCGCCUCCCCCAAUGUUUGGUGAGGAGGGGAUAGUUAUACCUGUUCAGGUGCCACCAGAGAGGUCAGAAUGUGUCAGGGUGACCACAGAGGCUGAACCACAGAACCCCAGUACAUCCCAGAGGAUUGUACCUCCAACCUUGAGUAUUCCACCUCCUCCACCAUAUAUGGCUCCCCCUCCACCGGUUGAAGCAGUCUGUCUUCCUAUGACUAAGAAGGUCUGUCCUCUACCGUCAAUUAAAGAGGUUUCUCCUCCACAACCUAAAAAAGUCUCUCUUCCACCACCUAUAGAGGUUUCUCCUCCACCGCCUCCUAAAGAGGUUUCUCUUCCACCACCUAUAGAGGUUUCUCCUCCACCGCCUCCUAAAGAGGUUUCUCUUCCACCACCUAUAGAGGUUUCUCCUGGGAGCCCCAAAGAGUCAUCUCGUACUGUGGUUCAAGAACCGCCCCCAACCCUUGUUAAAGACGUGUCCCCCACACUGGUUAUCGAGGUCUCCACUCAUUUUGAGAAGAUUUCUCCUCCAUCUUCUCAAAAUAAUGCCUGUCAGUCUUUGGACAAGGCAACACCUGUUGGCAAGCUCACCCCACCACAUAGUAUUCCACCUCCACCACCCCUACCGUCACAACCCCAGUCGUCAAAACAGGAGAUUGAUCUUCCACAAAAGAACAUCCCAUCUGAAUCUGAGACCAACCCAGUUUCAUCUGACAGUAUUCUUACUUCCCCUCAGAGUAUUCCACCUCCGCCUCCCAUACAGCUUCUCCACCAACCUCAGGUUGUAGCCCCAAACACUGAUGGUCCAGCAACCCAGGAGGCCUCCCCUUCACCACCAUCUGAAAUCUCUAUCCCACCAGCUGUUGAAAACUCUCCUUCACCACAAAAGGGGACUCCUUCUCCCCUUGGAAAUAUUCCCUUACCUCCACCUUUACCUGUGCUGGGUCUUGCCAGCAUUAGACACCAACCUAGUCCUGCAAGCACAGAAAACCAAACCCCAGAGCUGACGUCUGCCCCUGUUGCGCAGAAGGAACCUACUCCCAUUAUUACCCCCUCCCUUCUGCAGAUGGUGAAGCUGCGGUCCGUCAAUAGCAGCCCUGAGCCUUCUAAAGAUCAGGAGCAACCAGAGGUCACAAUGAGGAAUAAGCAGCCCAGCAAUAAGGUUCCAACCUCAUCUGCCAGUGGUGAGGCUCCUCAGAAACCCAUCAGAAGGUCUCUGAUCAUGACCUCUGAACCUGCCAUAGUUACUUCACAACAAGCUCUGCCCAAGUCCCAGUCUCUUGUGGUUCCACCUGCAUCUUCAUCCACAGUCAUCUCCCCAACUAAAAAGUCUCCUCCUGCCAUGACCACCUCUCCUUCCAUGAACCUACAGGAGGCCAUCCGCCUGAGGACAGCAGCCAGAUCAAAAGCCAGCCCUGCAUCUCGUCUCAGCAUCCAGUCACCAACAUCACCAAAAGACCUCUGCAAGUCCCCCACCAGCACAGCAAGUUUUAUCUUCUCCAAGAGCAACAAGAAGGUGGUAACUGAGACCAAGCCAGCACCGGAGACCAAGGCAACCAUACAGAACAACCUGGAGGCUUCCUCAAACAACGUAACAAACGUGGUGAGUGAAGCAGAGCUGAUGAAGAAGGGAGUCAAGGUGCCACCACCUGUUGCAAAGAAACCCCAAACUGCAGGUCAGGAAUCACUGCAAGAUAGUAUCAAGGAUGCUGCAGAGAAAACAAAUGGAACAGCAGGUACUGUUGAAGGAGAAGGGACACCAUCUACAUGACUGUAAAGACUGAAGGAGACCUGGGAAGGACUUAUUAAUUACACUGUAUCUGCUACAAGUUGGUCUUUAUGUGUGAGAGACAAGAAACUGGAUUUGGAAAAGUUCUGGAUUUUAUAGAAAAUCCUUUCAAUUUGAUGUUAAUGGUGUGGGUCAUUUUCACAAGUACUCAUAUUGCAUUUUAAAUACAGCAUAUUUUCUUUUGGCAGAGGGUCUUCUGAACUUUACAGUUGCAAGAAAUGGGAAUAUACUGCCCUCUAGUGUCAUACAAUGAUUGUACCACUUUUGUCCUGCUGAAUCAAAGCUUUUGUCAAUAUUUCUAACAAUGGGACUUUUGGGCGCUCAUCUGUAAAUAUAGCAAAAGUUUGUACAUUUAACAUAAUCCUGUUAUGAUGGAUAUGUGCUACAGAGUUCUGUUUUUUUCUCCAAAACUAUAUUUGUUAAAAAAUAUUAAUUAUCCUAAGUUAUUUUUUUUCCUUUUCAUGUUCAGAGGGUCUCAGACAGAACAUCUUGUUUGCAAUGUUGUGUUAAACCCCAAAAUCAUUUAAAUCAAGUUUGUUUGUAUAGCUCCUAGACAUGUCCAAAUAUACAGUAUGUUCUUCUCAAACAUCUGUCACUUUCUAUGACCUGUCAAUGAGCAUGACCAUUAAUUAGCAGAUGCAUAAAUCAAUAUUAAAAUUGUUAUUUUGGACAUUUCUGCUGCUUUUAGUUACUGAUAAUGGAGGCAUUGCCUUUUCUCAGUUAUGGCUCAAACAGCGGGGUAUUUCUGUGUUGAACUAUAAUAUUUCAAACUUGUUUCAAAGACUAAUGUAAUAAAUGAUCAUUUAUAAUGGAAAGAAUAAAGAUUUAUGGACAGAUAAGUCACACUG